AUGCAGCUCGGACUCCAGGGUAAAGUCGCGCUGGUAACAGGCGGCACCAAAAGCAUCGGCCUAUCUAUCGUCAAGUCUUUUCUUGAAGAGGGCGCCAUCGUGCACUUCUGCUCCCGUACCAAAUCAGACGUCGUCGCAACCCAGGAGUCGUUAUCUUCAUCCUACGGCCAAGGAAAAGCCCACGGUCACGCUGUGGACAUAACCAGUCCCGAGCAAAUCUCUGACUGGGUUAAGGAGUGCGUCAAAAUCAGCAGCCGCAUUGAUGUCGUCGUGUCCAAUGUUUCUGCUCUGGCUGUGGACAAUAGUCGUGAGAGCUGGGAUGCAACAUAUCAGACCGAUAUUGCAGGCACAUACACCCUGAUCGACGCUGCUCUUCCCCAUCUCAAGGAAUCUAAGGGCAACGUCGUCUCCAUCUCCUCCGUCUCGGGCCGCUACAUUGAUUUUACUGCGCUCUCACCUUAUGGGGCUUUCAAGGCCGCGCUGGUGCAUUACACCUCGCAGCUUGCACAUAGGCUUGCGCCCUCCGGUGUCCGAGCCAACUCCGUCAGUCCUGGGAACAUCUAUGUGAAGGACGGCGUUUGGGGGAACAUAGAGAGGGACACGCCCGAGUUCUUCGCACAGCAGCUCAAGGACAACCCCAUGGGGAGGAUGGGAAAGCCCGAGGAGGUUGCAGAUGCAGUGGUUUGGCUGGCGAGCGACAGGGCAAGCUUCGUGAGCGGGACCAACCUGAUGGUCGACGGGGCAGUCUCCCCUGGCGUGCAGUUCUGA